AAACAAAAAUCAAGACAGAAAACAAACGAAAAAUUGCAGAUUGCUGAAGUUGUAAUGCUGAUGUUGCAGCACUCGAAUCAAAAGCCAAACAAUAUAGCCAACCAUCGACAAUAAUUGCAUGUGCUGCUACAACAACAACAACAACAACCGUCAACCAUCAACAGCAAGCAAACUGUGAAGUGCCCAUUUAAUCUUCACAAAAAAAAGCACGCAGCUGUUAUUGCCGCUGCAGCCACCGCCUGCUUACAUAGUUCAACAACAUUUUUGACGUGUUUCGGCACAAUAUGUUAGCCUUUUUCCCGCAUACACAAAUUUACAUAAUUUAAAGAAAAUCAACAAAGUCAACGACGGAAUUUUUUUUUUUGGAUUUUGGGGAAAAUUUUCACUCUUGAUCACACAUUGUAAAUAUCGUCAUAUUGUUAGCGGACAACACUCCAAGAAGCAGGAGUCAGCCUUUUGUGUUACUUCGAAAUAUGCGGUUGACGCCCCUACAAUCAACAAAAGCGUUAAGAAAAACCUUAGCAUCAGUUAAAAGUAACAAUAGCAAAAGAAAAAUGUCACAUUUGUCUGGAACUUGGGCUGCUGCUGGUGGUAGUGUGGCGAUUAACUUUAAACUGCCAAAGUUCAGUACCACUGUCAUGCAUGCCAGAGGAUUAGGCGGCAGAUUUGGAGGCUUAUGGCUCUGGACGUUGCUGUUAAUGACUGCAUUGCGUGCCACAUCAAGUCAAGUUUGUGGACCUCCUGCUGUACCGUUAAAUGCCAAAGUCCAGACCGUAACGGAUGGCACCUCAAUAUUGGAAGCCAAAUACGAAUGUGAUCCCGGUUAUGAGUUAUUCGGUUCAUCGACCCUAAGAUGUGAUCCACGCUCGGGUUGGGAAAAGGAAUUGCCAUUUUGUGGCUCAAAUGUGGCCUAUCGCAAGCCGGUAAAUCAAAGCUCCUACACAAGAGCUGGUCCCGCUCAUUUUGCCAAUGAUGGUCAACCGGGUAACAAAAAUCCCGAUGGACAACAAUGUUCGGAAACACAGAAAGAACCUUCGCCUUGGUGGCGUGUCGAUUUGUUAACCCCACAGGCAGUGCGUGUGGUGCGUAUUACCACACGUGGCUGUUGUGGUCAUCAGCCUUUGCAAGAUCUGGAAAUACGUGUGGGCAAUAGCAGUGCCGAUUUACAGCGAAAUCCUUUAUGCGCCUGGUAUCCUGGAACUCUGGAUGAGGGCAUCACCAAGACUUUUACUUGUGCCCGUCCUCUGGUUGGUCAAUAUGUGGCCAUACAAUUGGUGGGUGUCGAAGGCAGUUUGAGCUUGUGUGAAGUCGAAGUCUUUACCAAUGAUGAAUUUUCUGUGGAUCGUUGUUUAAGUUCAAAAUUGGGAGUUGAUACUGUGCUGACUACAUUUUCCAAAACCUGCUAUGAGUUCCAUGUAACGAAGGGCGAGAGUUUCGAAAAGGCUCAAUCAAUGUGCCAAUUGACGGGUGGUGAUUUGGUGCACGAUUUUCGUGGAGCUGCCAACGAUUACAUUCUGUCUGAAUUGGAACGACGCAAGGGAGAAUUGAAGACUCAACUGGUAUGGAUUGGUGCCCAAAAGGAGCCGGGCAUUACUUCACGCACUUGGAAAUGGGUAAAUGGUGAAAUAGUACAGAAACCAGCUUGGGGUAAAGAUCAACCAAACAACUAUAAUGGAGAACAAAAUUGCGUGGUAUUGGACGGUGGCCGCAAUUGGCUGUGGAACGAUGUAGGCUGCAAUCUGGAUUAUUUGCACUUCAUAUGCCAGCAUGCGCCGCUAUCUUGUGGUUCACCAGAUUCGCAGCAAAAUACGACUAUUGUUGGUAAAAAUUUUACCAUCAACAGCAAAAUACAAUACCAGUGUCCCAAGGGUCAUUCAUUAAUCGGUGAUGCAGAACGUACGUGUCGCACCGAUGGCACCUGGAGCGGAAAGGCACCCACUUGUAAAUAUGUCGAUUGCGGUCCAUUGCCUGAAUUGGAGCACGGUUCAGUGCUACUUUCGGAACAGCGCACUACUUAUGGUGUACAGGCCACAUAUUCAUGUCACGAAAACUAUACGUUGAUUGGCAACGAGAAUCGUACCUGCGAAUUGGAGGGAUGGACCGGAAAACAGCCUGAAUGUUUGGUUGACUGGUGUCCGGAACCUCCCCAGAUACAGGGCGGCACUGUGCGAGUCAGCGACAAGAGAGCCGGAACUACAGCCACCUAUGAGUGUGAUACGGGUUACAUUUUGGUGGGAGAACCGAUCAUUUCCUGCGGCUUGGGAGGUGAAUGGUCCAGUAAAGCUCCAUCUUGCCGAUUUGUAGAUUGCGGCUCACCUGCCCGCCCUGAUCAUGGCGUGGUGAAUUUGUUAAAUGGUACCACCACUGUUGGCUCAAUUGUCCGAUAUGAAUGUGAAGAUGACUAUUGGUUAGAUGGCAGCACAGAUGUUUCUGCUGAAUUCUUUUGCACCAAGGAUGGAAAAUGGUCUGGCGAUGCGCCCAUUUGUGAAUUGGUUACAUGCGAUACACCCAAUGUUCCAACUGGUUCAUUUGUUGUUGGCUACGACUACAAUGUACAUUCGAAGAUUCAGUAUAAUUGUGAUCCAGGUUAUGUGUUGAAGGGGGACCCAGUUUUGGAAUGUAUGGAUAAUGGCGAGUGGAGUGCUGAGGCUCCGUUCUGUGAUUAUAUCGACUGCGGAGAAAUUACAGCCAUACCUUAUGGAUCACUUAAGUAUACCACCAAUACAACAUAUGUUGGCUCUGAAGUCACAUUUAGUUGCACUCAAUCCCACAAAUUGAAUGGAGUACCCAAACGUACAUGUAUGGAAACUGGUGUCUGGAGUGAUGCAUCGCCAAGAUGUGAAGAAAUACGUUGCUCCGAACCAGCAUUAGCUGCCCACAGUCUACUUUCAGUCACAGGCAAUGAUCGCAUGUAUGGAAGAACUUUGAUACGAACUUCGGAAUCAGCAUCGAAUUCAGCACAAACUUAUAGAAUUGGAGCCUUGGCCAAAUAUCGUUGUGAGCGUGGCUACAAAAUGGUGGGUGAGGCAUUGGUAACCUGUGAAGACAAUGGCCAAUGGAGUGGCAAUGUACCUGAGUGUGUUUAUGUCGAAUGCGGGCCUCCCCAAAACAUAACCAAUGGAAAAAUGACUUUGGCCACUAAUGCCACCUACUAUGGAGCAGCGGCUCUUUAUGAAUGUGAUGCCAAUUUCAAAUUGGAUGGUGUUUCCCGACGUUUAUGUACCGAAGAUGGUAGCUGGAGUCAUGAGGCCCCUCAAUGUGUUGAGAUUACCUGUGAUGAGCCUGAACUGACUGAAAGUCUUAUUGUAGAGGCUGGUGAAAGAUCUGUUGGCUCACUGGCCAAAUUUAGAUGUCAACGAGGCCGCAGCAUGAAUGGCAAUGAUACCAGAGUCUGUCAAAAGAAUGGCAAAUGGUCGGGCAAGAGUCCAACGUGUAAACCUGUCGAUUGUGGCCGUCCUCUGCUCAUUGAGAAUGGACGAGUUAUAGUUGUCAACGAAACAACAAUUUAUGGAGGUUCGGCAGAAUAUCACUGUGUUCCUGGUUUCAAUCGCAUUGGCCAAUAUUUGCGCAAAUGUACCGAAGAUGGUGUUUGGAGUGGUGAUGAGCCCCGCUGUGAACUGGCAGCGACCGAAGCUCAAGAAAGUUCAGGUCUUGGAACGGGCAUAGCAAUUGGAGCUACAGUUAUUAUAGCUCUACUAUUUGUGAUUGGUUUGAUAUUUAUACACCGUAAUAAGGCGCGACCGGUGAAGAAUACGGAAAAUGUUCAAGCUGCAGAGACCAAAGAUGAAAGAAAUGCUGCAGUAAUGUCAUAUUCAACACUGGAGGCCAAUACAAGAAUGCAUAUGGAUAAUGGGCCACCGGCUACGUUCAAUACAUUCCAUGGGGCGGGCAGGGCAUUGGCCAAUGGCAAUGGUAAUUCAGCAAGAGAAAACAUCUACGACCAAAUACCCAAUGAACAAUUCUAUGAUGCCCCCUAUGAAAUGCGCAACAACGACGAGGUUUAUGAACCCGAACCUGCAGCUGGCAAUGUCAUAACCAUAAAUGGCAUAUCAGUGAGAUAAGCCUAGGCUUUUGCUGCAUACUCCCCUCUUCACAUCCUUCCCAAAAAAAAUUGCAAUAUUGUGUGAAAACUAUGCAACGAGAGCAGCUACAUUCCAAAAGAGUUUUUUUGUUUUGUUUUCUUUUGUCGCUCAUUUAGACAUAUUCGCUUAUGUAUCUAUAUAGCUAAGACUUCUUUGCUCUUUUGUAGAGAAAUGACUGUAUUAUUUCGAAUAAUUGGUUUAUAAUUUUAAACUAGGAUUUAAGUACUCACCCACUAUUUGUAUCGACCAUACUCGCGUCAUAAGUUUUGUAGCUUAAAAAAUAACAAACAAAAAUGACGAAAAAUUAAUGAGGAAACAGAAUAAAACUGUAUGUAGAAUUUUGUAUAAAUAUAAACCUAUAGCGACUAGGAUUCUUUUUAGUAUAAAAGAGUGAAUUUUUAUUUUGUUUUAAGUAUAAGUUCUAUUGUACAUAUAUUUUAUAUAUAUAUUAUUGUAGUUAGUAUGUGAUGAUUUGUUAUAAUUUAAAUAUAAAUAUUUAUUUCGGCAUGCUACUAAUAACGGCAAACACAUUUUGUUAAACAAAACAAGAAACAAAACCUUGUAAACUUUAGAAAUUAAAAUAAAACGAAAAAUAUAAGUAAA